UCAUGACGGGGCCGGGGGGGUGGACUGGGGCGGCCUCGAGGGGGUGACCGGGGAGCCGGCAAGGAUUUGGGGCAGGUUUUCUGGUUUGGAGGGCCGCAGCUGGAAGGGACCCAGAUGGAAGGCUCUGAGAGCCGCUGGGGCAUCCAUGAGAGGCGCCAGGGAGGGGUAGGCCGCGGCGGCGGGCGGGCGAGCGAGGGACGGCGAGGCGAGGAUCAACAGCAGCCCCGGCCCUGGCGCAGACGUGGGGCGGCAGAGGGCGUCGUCCAGAGCUUGAGGCGUCGAUCCAGUUCCCCAGCAAGGCAGGCGGGCGCGAGGAGGGGCAGAGAGGAAGAGCCUCUUCCCACGCGGGGGCAGAAGAGGCGAUUCCUUUUCUUAACGGGAAUCCGAGAGGGGAAGAUGGGCUAAGCGGGAGCCCUCUUUCCUUUCCGAAGGCCCGUUCCUGGUCCCGGUUCUCUGCGUAGAAGCCCUCCAAAUCCUUCCCCCCAAAGGAAGCAAUGGCUGAGUCUUCUGCCGUUGGCAAGUUAACAUUGGCUGAACCACUUCUUAAAAAGGUGUCAUAUCGUAACUGCGAAGGUGCGUCAUCAUCCCAGGAGCAUCUGUCAGCCUAUAAACCAGGAUCUCUCUUGGUAGAUGAAGACCCUAUAAUGCUGCCACCAGAGGGCAAGGGCACAGAAUGCUCUAACAGUAGUACCAUCUAUAGCCUGGGUGCCAAUCAGUGUUUUCACUGCUUGAUUACCUUCCCCGAUGAGAAAUUCAAGGAACGGCACAUGAAGCGAGAGCAUCCGGAGGACUUUGUUCAGGCCAAUUUGCAGGAUGCCCUUUUUGUCUGCUUCAUUUGUAACAAAGCUUUUGAGAGUUCCCGGGCGCUCAUCUGCCAUCAGCGAGGCCAUGCCCCGGCGCCCCCGUCUGAUUGCAGCGACUGCUUGUGCCCCACCUUUGACUGUCCUGACUGCGGCCGCCGCUUUGGCCAGCUGGCCAACUAUCAGCAUCACCGCUUAGGCCAUGCUGCCGGCUGCAGCUUGCCUCAUCAGUGCCCCGACUGUGGCAAGAGUUUUCGGCAGCUUUCAAACCUACGUCGACACCAGGCUUUCCAUCGGCAAACCCAGGAGUUGCUGCCUUCCCAGCCCUAUUCCUGCACGGAGUGUGGGGAGAGCUUUAACCAGGAGGCAGGCCUGCAUGAGCACUAUAUUCGUCAUGCUCGUGGGGAGCUCUAGCAUUACCAGUAGUGAAUCCCUCUUCUUCCCACGUCUGGGUGGAGAACAGAAGGCAGCAGGCGCUGCUGCGUGAGACGCAGAGCCAGAUUCUUUCCUUUUGGGAAAUAGUGGGCAAAGUCUUUUGUCCUCUGGAAGUGCCGUGGCAGGUUUUGCUCCACUUAGAAAGAUGGCUCAGAAUCUGUAAAGAAGCAUUUCUCUAACCUAAGGAUGAAAAAGGGAAUGUUAUUGGUUGGAGAUACUGUCUUCCACCUAAUUCUCUGUUGGUUUCUUAUGACUGUCAAAGAACUCUCAAAUCCUGACUGGCUUCUGGGCAGCAAUUUUUUUUCACCCUUAGCUAUCAAGAUUCCCAUCCCCCAUUUUUUUUUCUUUUAGAAAAUGAAAACGUUUGCAUUUUCUACAGGGAACAGAUUUGUGCUGCUAUCACAAAUGAUCCUUCUGAAGGGCACCGGAUGCUAACUCUGAACUGGGUGUAGCUUUGAGUGCUGACUGUAAAUGUAGGUGCAUCAUUUGAUAAGGAGAACAGGCUCUCAUUUUUUCAGCUCCUAUUAUACAAAGUUUACAUCUAUUUAGGGUUCUACUGAAAUCAUGUCAUUGCAGUGGACAGCUAAGUGACAGCCUAGCCAGGGGUAUAUCGGUCUACUGAAUUUUUUGUACCUUAUUGCUAAAUAAAAUGCAGUGCAUUCUGCAAAACAAAAAGGUUGCUUGCAUGCAUAGCUUGAGUAUAAUAUUCCAACAAUAUAGUUGCAGGUGUUUUAGGAUGUAAAAUUGCUACAGAUUUCUAGUUAUUUUUUUAAGUAUGCAAACAUUGAUUGAGAACCAGAGCUUGGAGUGAGCCCUCUGAGAUGAAAAUAUGCUUAUUGGUGAAUUCUGUACUCAUGAGAGUAUUGUUCAAAUUCCUAAGUCUUGCUUUAGAAAACAAUCAGAAAUGUGAACCAAAAAAACCCUACACCCUUUCAGGAGAUCCAUCAGUGCGAGUAACCUUGUGUUGUAAAAUUAAGGAACCCUGGGAAAUGUAGUUCUUUAACUUUACUGAAACUGCAUUCUCUAGCACCCUUUUGGUUAUUUGAAGUGAUUUAUGCUUUGAGAGUGGGAUAGUCCUUGUGAUCCCGAAAAUGGUGAAACUAACUUGAAAUUGUUUCUGCAGUGGUGAUACAGGUACUCCUCGACUUACAACCAUUUGUUUAACAACUGUAUGAAGUUAUGAUGGUGCUGAAAAAGUGACUUAUGACCAGUCCUCACACUUACGAUCGUUGCAGCAUCCCUGUGGUCACAUGAUCAGAAUUUGGGUGCUUGGCAACCGGUAUGUAUUUACAACAGCUGCAGUGUGGCAGGGUCACACAAUCACCAUUUGUGACCUUCCCAGGGGGCUUCCAACAAGCAAAGUCAAUGGAAGCUGGAUUCACUUAACG